UUGAAACAUGCCUCGAAGCGGUGCUCCGAAAGCUCGACACAGUGUCGAAACCUCAGUAUCGAACGACCCACCACUACCACUGAUUCGAGCUGCUCCGUUGUUUAAAUCCAUUAUCCUGGAUAUGUGAGCUUCUGGCACUCGGUGGAAAAGAAAACUUAUUCGGGGCUACAUGGAAAUACUGGUGUAGUGCUGGUCUCUCGAGUGGAAGACAAGUUUUGAAACAGAGGAAAGAUCACAAGAAGGCUGCUAUCCCCACUUGUCCCAUAUGGAGAAGGCAAACUCAUCUGUUCAAAGAUCUCAACAUGUGAAAUAUAAAUGUGAAGAAGAGGUCUCUGAUGAAGUGUGUAACAAUGAGCAAGCAACAUAUCUCAGAAAGCACUGGGGCCUCCUUUUGAUGCAUGGUAUAGAAGUUGAUGAAGAGCACUGUAAAUGGAGUUCUGGACAUCUGGAAGAGGAGAGCAUCUGCAUGAACAAGCAGGAGAAUUGUGAUAGUGGACCUAUGGACUUUACAGUGGACUCUGAGCUGUUGCCUUACCUCACUGAUGUGCAGAAAAACAAAACUGUCAACAGCAUAAAGGACGAAGACCUCAAUUCUGAGUCAGACAGGCAGUGUUCUUAUCCAGAUGAAGAUGGUCCUGGAUUGGGAUUGACCCCCACUAGACACUGCCCCCAACAGCAACUUUCUGACAAUGUGAAGUUGGAAUCUUUGGAAUCUGACAUGAAGAGGACAGUCAAAGCAUCAGAUUCAAGUCCUUCUGGAGAAGUAGCUUUACAAGCCAAUGGCGGCAGCUUCUUAUCCCCAUUGGCUCGGGCAUCUCCUCAGUGCAGAUCUGAACAGACAGUGGAUGAUAAGAAUAUGAAGAACGUGACGUUAGCAUCAGAGAAUGGGAUACCCACCGCUGUGCAGGAUGAUUCUCAGCCGGUGACGAAACUAAACACGGUUGAUGUGAUCACCACUGAAACUCGGAUACCCAAUACAGACUUAACCACAGUCUACCAGAAACAGAGGGAAUUGGCUAAAAGCAAAUGUAAGUCCGGGAAUGGUAAUCUGUGUCAAACACAACAGGAGCCACAUGAGUGUUCUGUAUGUAGCAAGAAAUUCCAACAAAUGAGCCAGCUAAAAAAACACAGAAGAAUUCACACGAGAAAUAGGCCAUUUUCCUGUCCAGAAUGUGGAAAAGGAUUUACUACCGUUGGCUACCUUCGUAAACAUUUAACAAUUCACACAGGAGAGAAGCCAUAUUGUUGUUCAGAAUGUAGAAAGAAGUUCCGAACAAUGAGCAAUCUUCAGGAGCACAGAAAAAUUCACACUGGAGGUAAGCCAUUUUCCUGUCCAGAAUGUGGGAAAAGAUUUUCCAGCACUAGCAGCCUUCAUAGACAUGUAAAAAAUCACACAGAAGAGAAGCCUUAUUGUUGUUCAGAAUGUAGAAAGCAAUUCCGAACAAUGAGCCUUCUACAGGAGCACAGAAAAAUUCAUACUGGAGAGAAGCCACAUUGUUGUUCUGAUUGUGGUAAGCGAUUCCAACAACUGCAAAGUCUUAACACCCACAGAAGAAUUCACACUGGAGAGAAGCCCUAUUGUUGUUCAGAAUGUAGAAAGCAAUUCCGAACAAUGAGCCAUCUUCAGCAGCACAGAAAAAUUCACACUGGAGAGUAGCCAUAUUGUUGUUCUGACUGUGGUAAGCAAUUCCAACAAUUAGACAGCCUAAAGACCCACAGAAAACAUCACACAGGAGAGAUGCCAUAUUAUUGUCCAUAAUGUGGUAGGGGGUUUAAGAGCAUUGUCAUCCUUCAGAAACUACAAAAACAUGUAAAAUUUCACAUAGGAGAAAAGCCAUAUUCCUCUGAUUGUGGGAAAACAUUUUGCCAUAAUGAAUAACCUCCAGAUCUACACAACAACUCGGUAGUGGAGAGAAAGUUCAAUAGGGGAUGAUACAAGUACUAAAAACCUGGCCUUUAGCAGUGAAAAGAUCACUUCAUGAUUCAAGAGUGGUGUUCAUGUCUGUCUUAAGUGCUCAAAUUAACCCAUUGCUGAGAUUUUAACUUGGAUAGAAGCCCUAAAUUGGUAAGCUGAAGGGUGAAGAAUGAAGGAGCACAGGGAGGAGAGAAAUGUAAGUCUCCAUACUGUUCGAGACUUGAUGAAUAUCUUCAUGUUGUGGGCUUUGUUGCACACCAAACCUCCUCAAGGUAAAACUAUUUUUAAAAGGACCCUAAAAGUAAUUCAAAGUUGCCGUCCAUCUACCUCAAUGAAAGAUGCCCACCCCCUGUCUCAGCAAACAUGGUAGGUGAUAGUUGUAGCGAUAGUGCAACAUCUUCAGAUGAAUAGAAGACUUCCAAAUGUGGUGGCAGUCCAAAUGGACAGGAUUGCAGGUCUCACCACUGUGGACCUCGUCAGGACACAAACGCGUAACAUGACUGAGAAAUGAAGGAAACUGCAGAGAGUCCAGUGGUCACCUGAAGACAACGCAGGGUGGGAACACAGGUACAAGCUUGCUGCUGCUCCUCUCUGUUUUCAUCUAUUUUUAUGGAUUACGCCUUUGCUGGGUUUGCAGCCUGUGAGACAAUUGAUUUGAAUUCCUGUGAGCUUCACUGAAUUAAACAUUUUUUCGAUUGUCCACCCUGUUGCCUGACGUGGAGGUUGAGUUUUUGGGAAAGUUCCAUUUUUCUUUAAUUGCUGUCCGCACUUAUGUGCUUCAACAGAGAAAUGACCCGAUGCCUACGCCCACCUCUAAGUCUUUUCUGGUUGUGCUGGCCAAUUUGUUUUUUUAUUCUUUGUGUACUUCAGUCCGUGUUUCAUGAUGUUUUUGUGUGGAUUGUUGACCAUUUGUCUCCAACUUUACUUUGGGACUUGUGAUACUAUGGGGAUCACACCUGCUGACUGCCCGUUACUGUGUACAGGGACCCCCCAAGCUUGCUUCUGGGCUCUUGCUGUGUUGUUGUCACCUCUCACCUUCUCUGUUGUGCUGCUCUGCUUUUAAGUCAGCUUGCUAUUUGACAGUUAAGUCCUGGCUUUGCUGUAUUCUGAAAUACUCUCAUGAUAAACAUCUGUAUAUUAAACAAUUUGUUCAGAGAAAACGGUCAGACUGGAAUAUUUUAAAAGACUUUGGUAUUGUGUGGAGCCCAAAAUAUGCACACCGUGGAUCUGUGUCAAGAAACGUGACUGGGGCUUCUUACACUAACAGCAAUACAUCUGUAUCAUGAACACCUCACUGGUACAGGGACGGCCAAGUCAGACACUUUAUUUUGUUUAAAAUUUUCUUCAUUUUUAGACAUUCUGGUUUGUGUUCAGACCACUCUGUGCGUGUGUGUGUGUGUAUAUGUACAUGUCUAUUUAGUUGUGUUGACAUGUAGACUAAAUGUCCUUGCGAUAGCAAGAAAAUUAUUAACAACGUACACUUGGGUAAUAUACAGACAUCGGAAGAAUAACAAGACUCUCUGAAGCUUGUUGACCAGGGUCAAAGUACACCGGUCCCGCAGUCUCCUUUUAUUACCCAAAAAAAAAACAAACUUGCACAUGCGCACCAGCAUACGCCAUAAUCACAUGAGCACUUAACAAGGGGAACACCUCUUUCAAUUGAGACCAUUUUACAUUUAUAUGUCAACACCUCCACUUGCUCUCACAUUGCUAUGCAUUUUUGACAACAGCCUUCCAUAAAAACAAAAUAGACUUCUUAAUUUACAUACCGAAUACACAUCCUUUGAACCUUUCCAUUUCCAUCUUUGUUACAGGUUUUGUCAUAAUAUCGGCAACCAUUUCUUUACAUUUUUCCAUCUUUUUCACAUUGCUCUGACAAAGUGGUUCCUAAUGUCCACACGUUUACACCUCAGUCUGCUUACAGGGUUCUUUGCUAGGGCAAUUGCACCCUGGUUAUCCUCAUACAUUUCUACUGGUUCAUGCUGAAUUUCACCAUCUAUUCCCUUUAAGAGCUGCAUGAGAUGCAUACCCUCCUGUACUGUGGCAGUAAGUGCCAUAUACUCCGCUUCACAUGUAGAUAGUGCCACAGUGGACUGCUUCUUUGUUUUCCAUGAUAUUAAAGCCCCCAUUUUAUUUAGACUGAAACAGUAUCCAGUCGUGCUGCGUCUGUCAUCUGCAUCAGUUGCCCAUUCUGCCUCACUAUAGGCUUGUAAUUUUAAUUGAUCUUCACAUUUUCUGUAACAUAAAGCAUAGUAGGCAGUUCCUUUCAAAAUAUCGUAACGCAUGUUUUGCUGUCGCCCACUGUUGGGUACUUGGUUUGGACAAGUCUCCCAACUCCCCAACUCUCUCUCCUGUUUCUUUUUCCGGUUUCUUUGUCCACCACCACCUACUCAAAGCAUCAUGAUGCUCCAACAUUGAUGGAAA